ACAGAGGUCAAACACUGGAGUGUGUGGUUAUGAAACACAGCAGAUACAGAUGUCUCCUUUCUUUCAAUGUAAGGGGUCGCUCUCAUAUCUGAUUGGUCCAAACGGCCGGACGCGCUGCCAUAGGAAGGUUCUGAUUGGUCAGUUUUCUCGCUGUCAGUCAUGUGGGCGGUAUUUAAAAGCGAAGUAACAAGGAAGUGACCGCCCAGAUGUCUGAUUGUCACCGGGGCAACGUACAGCUACAAUGUGGAUCAUUGUGCCGAUUAUUUUAUUUGCUAUAGUUAUAUUUGUAUUAAAAUAUGUCUUCAGCAGCCCCGGACCGAAUCCUUUCGAGAGGGACACCCGAGAACCGCUUAAGAAGAUGGUUCACGACCGGAAAGAGAAGAAUAAAGUCCUGAAACAAGGUUUCUUGGCCAGUAAAGUCCCAGACAACCUGGACGCCAUCAUCAUCGGCAGCGGGAUCGGUGGACUCGGACUCGGGGUGCUGCUGGCCAAAGUUGGAAAGAAAGUCUUGGUUCUGGAGCAGCACGGUCGGGCUGGAGGAUGCUGCCACACAUUUACUGAGAAGGGCUUCGAGUUUGAUGUUGGAAUCCACUACAUCGGGGACCUGCUGGACCACAAGCCGUUCCGCUGCAUGCUGGACCAGAUGACGGACGGACAGCUGCAGUGGGAGCCUCUGGACAACCCGUUUGACCACGUGGUUCUGGGACCUCCAGAGAACCGGCGGCGGUACCCCAUCUACAGCGGCAGGACUCGCUUCCCCGAGGAGCUGAAAAAGUGCUUCCCUGGAGAGGAGAAGGCCAUCGACGAGUACGUGAGGCUGGUGAAGCAAGUUGGUCGGGGUAUUUGGCUCAUGGCCAUGCUGAAGCUCCUCCCCGUCCCCGUGGCCAAGUUCCUGGUCUACACCGGCCUCGUCCAGCGUCUCUCCUUCUUCUUCAAAAUGGCUCAUCACAGCCUGACAGACGUGGUCAACGAGCUGACGGAGAACAAGGACCUCAGGGCUGUUUUCACCUACAUCUUCGGCACCUACGGUAACAUGCCCAAAGACGCCAGCUUUUCCAUGCACAGUUUGUUGGUCACUCACUACCUGAACGGCGCCUGGUAUCCUAAAGGUGGAGCCACUGAAAUAGCCUAUCACAUGAUCCCCAUCAUUGAGAAGGCAGGAGGAGCUGUUCUGGUUCGAGCUCCUGUCAACCGCAUCUUAUUCAACGAUUCUAAGGAAGCUGUUGGUGUGAGCGUGAUGAAAGGUCAGGAGGAGGUCCAUAUCCACGCACCCAUGGUCAUCUCUGACGCCGGCAUCUUCAACACCUACCAGAAGCUGCUGCCCAAAGAGCUGCAGGCCAUGCCGGCCAUCCAGAAGCAGCUGGGCAUGAUGAAGAACGGCGAAGGAGGUCUGAGUAUUUUCUUGGGUCUGAAUGGAACCAAGGAUGACCUGGGCCUGAAGGCAGACAACUACUGGAUCUUUUCUGAGAACAAUUUUGAUGAAUUGGUGGAGGAAUAUUUGAAGGGAGACAGAGAGGACUCUGCUAAAAAAGUACCUUUGCUGUUUGUCGCCUCUCCAUCGGCUAAAGAUCCAACCUGGGAGGAAAGAUCACCAGGAAAGUCUACUUUGAGUCUGGUCAGUUUUGCCAACUAUCAGUGGUUUGAGGAGUGGAAGGACGACAAAGUGACGAACCGAGGACAGGACUACAAAGCUCUGAAACAGGCGUUCAUCGACUCUAUUCUGGAGGUGGUUAUGGAUGUUUUCCCCAAGAUCACCAGAGACAAGAUCGAGUACGUCGACGCUGGAACCCCCAUCACUAACACCCAUUACAUCGGAGCCCCUAAAGGUGAGAUCUAUGGAGCGGAUCACGGCGUCGCCCGGUUCUGUCCUGAUGUCAACGCCACAGUGAGACCUCAGACUCCUCUGAAGAACCUCUAUCUGACAGGUCAGGACGUGUUUGUUUGCGGUUUCGCUGGCGCCCUCGCCGGAGCUCUCACCUGCGGCUCGGUCAUCCUCAACCGCAACCUCCACCUGGACGCCAUCGCUUUGGCAAAGAAAACCAAAUUCAUGAACGAGAAAUUGAAAGGGGAGUAACUUCUCAGCUGAGUGACCGCUACAUACUGGAAUUAACCACCACUGUGCUGCAACACUACAGAUCAAAGGCCUGCUGUGAGCCUGAAAGCUUAUGAAUCAAUAUAAUAAAGUGGAAAGUUUAAUUUUCCACAUUACCUCAUACCGGCACUGAGCUGCUUUAACUUUGGACUGCUUCUGUUUUUGCUAAAUAAAGGUGGGGGGGUAGAGGGGGCAGGCUGCCACCCACCUCCCCGCACUCUCUCCGCCCUGACUCCAGCCACUUGGUCACUUUAUUUGGAACGGAAACUACGAUGUCAAAGGGACUACGAGUUUAUUUCUUUUUAUCUGAUCUCCAGCUCAGUGAGUUAAGGGUUGGAGUUAAGGAUAACCUGAAACUGCAGGUUGCUGGUUCAAGACCAGACCCUUCUUAAAUUUUUUGAAAAACUUAGACAAAGAAAAAGGCCAGAGGUGGGUCUUAAACCUGCUACCUUCCAUUUGGUAGUCUCUCCUCUUAUCCCCCUGAGCUACUUGCUCAGAUACUAAUUUUUCUUUUUUUGCGCAUUUAUCAUCUAUUUUUGUCAUUUUCGAGGCUUUUUUUUUUUUAAACUCGAGUCUCGACUCAACCAUUUUUCGCAGGGGGUUGGACUUCACCCUUUGUGCUGGAGGGUUGAACCCUCAGUUCCAAGACUUUCCAAAGCCUCCAGACCUCCCGAGUCCUCAGGACCUGAGCUUUGACACAGUCUGAGGGCUGAAAUUUUCUAAGUCCCACAGUAGGACUGAAAUCUUGAAAGUUUCUCAGCAGUUCUGUUAGUUUGAACUUUCUGGUUAACAGAAGCCUUAAAACUUGUGACCAUGAGUCUUGAUUUCACAUUUAGAACAUCCAUCUGAGUUCUUCUCAGACCUUCACCUGUGGGUUCUUUAGAAAUCCUGAACAUCUUUGAUUCUCUUCACUGAACAGAAAAGUUUGUGGAGAUCAGAAGGUAACAUUAUUUUGAUCAGUGCCUUCAGCUACUAGUAGACUUUAUCUGGAAAGCAGUUUUCUGAAAUGAGCUCUUAGUAAAUCUGUCCACAGUCAAACCAAGAACAUAGAAAGAGGAAAUGUUUGAAGAAACAACUUGUUUUCAUUUCAGACUAUAAAACGCUUUAAGACCUUUA